CUAAUUGAUCUUAGUUGUAAUUUGGCAGGGAAUACAUCCCAGGGGCGUGUUUGCAGCCUUGACAGUGUUAGAACAUCUAUUGCCCAGUGUGCCAGGGUUUGUGGGUUUUGAAAAACAAAAAGUGUGUUCUUUAAUAUUAUUUUUUUGCUUUUUAAAAAGUGGACUCUUCAUUUGACUCAUUAGCAAACAGUUCAAAGUCUGAUUUUUUUAAAAUAUUAAAACUACACUUUUUCUUUGAAGAUUUGCCAUUGGUGUUGUGUUCAAAUGGUUUGUUUAGUUGAAUAUUUGCAAGAUCAUCAUAUUCACUUGUAUAAGACGUAAGGUAAGGAAUAUUAACACCACAGCCUCCUCUUAUAAUUGGGUCUCGGACUCUGGGUUGCCCCAACAACUGAUGACUUCGUUUUUUAAAAUUAUAGGUUACUUCGGGUUCAUACUACUUCAUGUUCUGGUCAAUGAGGGUUCAAGUAGAGAACUAUAUGUUCAUCACCAUUAUCAUUCGGUUUGGGUCGACCCAACGGGUUAAAACUUUGAUUUUAAACAAAAUUUAAGUUCAUAUUAACACUUGCAUUUUUCUUUAAGUAAAAUUAAAAUAUCAAAAAAAAUAUAUAUAUAUAUAAUGCUCUCUCCCUCUAGAUCUCUCCUCCGGCUAGGUUUCAGCCGACCGCCACUAUGUCGGGCCGGCCACCAUCUUCAAGCAAUGGCCACCACUCUCCCUCAUCCUCGUAGCUUCAACGACAUAGCUAUCAAGGGCGACUAUAAACCAGCAACGAAAUACAAAGGCCAACCGGCUAUAUCCUUCUCAGAUGAAGAAAUCAACAAUUUGUCUGCUAGGUUUGUUCGCACAAUCGUGGGUCGAUUCACCAAGGGUAGACCAUGCCUAAUCUCAAUCUGUAAGGCCUUUGAACGAAUUGCUUUUGAAAAGGAGUUUAUUGUAAGUUUGCUAGAUGAAUCUCACAUCUUAAUUAAUUUCGAAUCUGAGAAUGACUUUCUGCGAUGCUUGCUGCGAAAAUACUGGAAGAUUAAUGGCUUUAUUUUGAAAGUGUUCCGUUGGACUCAUGAUUUUGAUCCAAAUAUUGAUUCCCCAUUGAUUCCAGUUUGGAUUAGUCUUGAAGGUCUUCCCAUUCAUCUUUUUGAUUCUCUGGCUUUAUAUUCCAUUGCCAAUUUGAUUGGUAAACCACUGAAAACUGAUGCUGCAACAGCAAGCCUGUCAAGGCCAUCUGUUGCACGUAUUUGUGUUGAGGUUGAUACCAGUGAGGAACUGCCCCAUGGUGUCUGGAUACAUCUUGGACAACUUACUUUUCAUCAACCUAUCCACUAUGAAGAUCUCCCUGAAUACUGCCCCUCUUGCAAAUCCUUUGGACACAAAAACUGCAAAAAAGCCAAAAAAUCCUCUAAAUGGGUGGUGAAGGAAUUGCCAGGGACUGGGAAUACAGCUCUUGCUGUAGCCGUCCCUCUGUUGCAAACGGUGGACACCACCUUAAAACUUGUGGCAAAACAAGUUGAUGGUCAGAAUCAGGAUGGUGCUAAUGAAAAUGAUACCACUUCUGUAGAAACAAAUUCUCCUGCCCAGGUUGAAACAAAUUUGAUUCAAUCUGAUCAAAAAUCUGAGGCAAUUAAUCUAGAACAGAUACUAGAACCUGGAGCUGAAACCCUUGAAAUAGAUCAUGAGGUACAAUCUGCAAGCGACACGUAUACAAAUAUGGCAAGAGUUGAAGCUUUGGCAACCACCAUUGUUAAUGUUUUAAAUUAUGGCCUGUUUUUUACGUCUUUGCAAUCCUGUUUGAAACUGAAAAAUGAGAGGUGUGCCAUGUGCUACAGAUUUUUAGACUCAAAAUCUGGCCUGAAUUCAUCCUUGGGCUACAAAAACUUUGCACAAACAUCCAUAAAGGUUUGCUCAGUCCCUGUAGUUGGGUAAAAGGGUGACCGUUACUCACAGCUGUCUACUUCUCAGUCCUACCACAUUACAGGGUCAUUUUUGACCUAGGUUUGAACCUGCAACAGUUUGGUAAAUUAUUCUUCAGAUUUUGACUCAAAAGCUGGCCAGAAUUCAUCCUUGGGCUACAAAAACUUUGCACAAACAUCCAUAAAGGAAAGGAUUGAAGGGAACAUUGCUUACAGAUUCCAAGAUACACUUUCUUCAAUGGGUCUAUGGAACUAAUGGCCGUCCCAAAAAAGUAAAAAGAAGCUUCAUCCUCUAACAACUUCCUUAACAUGACAAUUAAUUUUGAACACGCUAAAAGUACACUUACAUAACCUUUUCAAAUUGCUAAAGCAGGAUACUCGUCACCAGACUUACUCCAAAGCUAUUGCCAAUGAAUCGCAGGUUAUUCGUCACAAGAGGGGGGAUACGAAAUGGACCAAAGGCAUUGAAACCUCAACCUCUGAUAAGUACUUUCAAUAUCUCAUUGCACCCAAACAUGAAUGCCCACUUCCAUAAAAAAGAACGACAAUCCCAGUAAAACCCUACGAAAGUAGGGUUUGGAUGGGUGAUAUGUAUCCAAAACUCACCCCUACUUGGAAGUAUGCCUAUAAACUCUCAAACACAUUAUGUAAUUUAGUAGGGUUUGUGGCAGAGUGAAAUUACCACACUUGUUCUGUUGUGGCGGGAUUUGGCAAGACGCAGCGCAGUAGAGGGAGAGGAUGAUGAAAUGAGGGAGUAAAUGUGCACUUUUCAUUGCUGAACCAGCACUUUGAGUGAACC